UAAAUCAUAACAUGAAGAACUGCAGCAGUAUAGAAACAUUAACUUUAACUCUGGACUGAGCUCUGUUAGUGUGAGGGACUGCAGCUCUGAGCAGCGCUGGUUCUCCUGAUGGCUGCGCUGGGGGAAGCUGAUGGUCGGAGGCUGAAGCAGGAGAUCAGUGAGUGCGUGGAUCAGUGCAGGGAGAAGCUGCACGCGCUCAGUCAGGGGAUCUGGAGCAGACCGGAGCUCGCCUAUCAGGAGAAGCACAGUCAUGACCUGCUGGUGGCUUUGUUCUCUGAGGUCGGCGGCUGGACUGUGGAGCCCAGCUUCGUUGUAGACACCGCUUUCCGGGCGACGUGGUGCCGCAGUGUUGGUGAAACCCGCCGGCCGGUGAAUGUGGGUUUCCUGUGUGAGUAUGACGCGCUGCCUGCUCUGGGACACGCGUGCGGUCAUAACCUGAUCGCAGAGGCUGGUGUAGGGGCAGCACUCGGCCUGAAGGGGGCGCUAGAGAACCAGCCACACAUUCCUGUGAAGAUAACAGUUCUGGGGACUCCUGCUGAAGAAGAUAGAGGAGGAAAGAUAGACCUGAUUAAGGCUGGAGCUUUUGCUGACAUGGAUGUUGUGUUCAUGGCUCAUCCUGCCCAGGAGGAUAAAGCCUUCAGCCCCUGCAUUGCCAUAACCAACUGCAAUGUAAAGUACCGUGGGAAAGCCUCUCAUGCUGCUGCUUAUCCGUGGGAGGGUGUGAAUGCUCUGGAUGCUGCUGUGCUUGCCUACAGCAGCUUGUCCGUGCUGAGACAGCAGCUGAAGCCUGACUGGAGACUGCAUGGCAUUAUUAGGCAUGGAGGGACAAAGCCUAACAUUAUUCCAGACUACACAGAGAUGGAGUAUUAUAUACGCACUCCACUGCUGAAAAACCUUUCUGACCUCAAAGAUAAAGUAGAGGCGUGCUUCCACUCCGCUGCCCUCGCAACUGGCUGUCAAGUGGAAAUAAAUUAUCCAAAUCCAGCCUAUUCCAAUAUUCUUCAAAACACCAUCUUGGAAAAACUCUAUGAAGAGAAUGGCAGCUCCGUGGGCAUGAAGUUUAAUAAGGAUUCCAGCCAUUUUUCUGGCUCCACAGAUUUUGGCAAUGUGUCUUUUGUUGUCCCUGGUAUACAUCCUUUCUUUUACAUUGGGACUGAUGCACUAAACCACACACCUGAGUACACAGUAGCUGCUGGCUCAGAGAAAGCACAGAUGUACACACUGAGGACAGCCAAAGCUCUGGCCAUGACUGCUGCUGAUGUGCUUCUGGAUCCAGCUCUGCUCAAGCAGGUCAAAGAUGAGUUCAUAGUGGCCAAACAAACACAGGAGUAAAACACCAGCUGAGGCGUUCACAUACAGAUUUUACUGAAUCAGACUCAGGCAUUCCUGUGAUGAUCCAUGUUCUUAUAUCACGCAGACUCUAGUAGAGGCAAAAAAUAUCUGUGAUUCGUCCUUUAUGUAGCUCUAUGUCUUAAUCAUGCUGCUAGUCUUUAUUUGGUCUUAAUCUUUCGAAGUGACCAAGUUUGUGUUUCAUAUGGGCCAGAAGAAAGUGUUUGAUUGCACUGAAAUAUCUGUCAGUUUUUUUGUUUACUACAUAAUAUGAACACACAAACUGUCCCUUUAACUGUCAAACAUUUUUAUGGGCCAAUAGAGAUUAUCCAAAAUUACCUAAAAUAAACUAAGAAAAAAUACAUUGACUUUCAUUGAAAGUUAGCAAAAGUUAUCUCUUUCCUGUAAAGUUUCUGUUUGGAAGUUUUUAAUUGGACAGCAAUUAUAUUUCAUACAUCAUAUUAUAAAUCAUGUUUUAAAAGGUACACAUAUGUUUAAUGUACGAGUAUGUGUGAGUAACUAUCAUUUGCAUUUGAGCCAAAAAAACAUUUAAGAAAGGGCUUUACUCAUCCAGGAGCUUGAGGCCUUGCCAUUAAUUGAAUCGUAUUUUUUAAACCAAAUCAAGUGUCCUUAUUAUACCUUUAAAUUGUUUAGUUUCUUUACUGUGCUCUGGCUUUACAUUCUAAAUUGUAUAUACUGCAAUACUCAAAUUCUAAAUCUCCAAUAAAUUCCAACAAUGCUCCAAUAAAAUUUUUGGAGUCAAUUUUGCACACUCA